AUGUUAGAAACGAUCACGACAUACGAAGUUCAAUGUCAAAUAUGUAUACAUAACAACAAAAUGCUGUCAGUAGUGAUAUUCAUAGAUGUGCUCGUGAGUCCAAUAUUAGAAACAAUAGAACGUGUUAAAUCAUUAGAGCAACAAAUGGAUGAUUUGGAACUGUAUAAUCGAACGUGGUGUGUACCUGAAACAAUGAAUGGAAAUAAAACAGCAGUAUUUGUCAAUACUGUUAAUCAACAUUUAGAUAAUGAAUCCAUUAGUUAUGAUGAUAUCGAAAAUUUACAUCGAAUUAGCAAACGUACAAAUGGUAAAAUUCGUCCAAUUAUAGUGCGUUUCUAUAGUUAA